AUAUGCAAGGGUCGUCGGCCUGCCCACAACCGCCAACAGGAAGGACGUCUUACUCCGACUGCCACAGCCAUCCCCCCCACAAUGAGCGACCGCGCACUCAACACCCGCCCCGCCGACAGCACCGUCUUCCAACGCAUCGCCAAAGCGCGCCCCGCAUCAAGCACCGGUCGCGCCAGAGCAGCAGCCGCUCAACAAGGCCCCACACCCACCAACGCGGAGGGGAGAGUGAGCACCGCCCAGCUGCUUGCCCGGUUUGAGCAGACGUCGGAUGACGAGUUGUUGGCUAGGAUUAUUGCGAUUGAGGAGGAUGAGAAGAUUGCUAGGAAAAUCCAAGAAGACCUAGCCCGCGGCAUCGAACCGCAACUCCGGCCCUUCAGCGGGCGCCCCGGCGGCGGCGGACCGUCCCAACAAAACUCCCGUUCAGACUCCCAUCUCAACAAAGUCGGCUUCACAGACCCCAUCGACGAUGCCGGUAUCGGAUCACCCUUGGCGUCGACAGAUGCACCGAUGCGCGAGUCGAUUAGCAGGAGUGGUGGGCUGCAUAAUUUGAAUGAGGGCGAGGCAAAGCCGCUGGCAGGGCGACGGGCGUCGGCGCUAAGAGGAUCGCUGGCUAUCUCCGCCAACCAAUCCACCAACCUCGCCUCCGACGAGUCCCUAAACGCCGACGAUGAUCACCAUGACGACGACGACGCAUCCCAUCCCCACCCACCAGCCACCACCAACUCCUCACAGCCAAACACUUCCCAACGCGCAGAUAUCCCUCAACCAAAUUACACAUCGACCCCACCUCAACCAGACCGCCUAGAGUUCCCAACACCCAAAUGGGACACGACGGCCAGCGAAAGCGACGCGACGUCGGAGAAGGGGUCGGAGCAGGAACAGGGGUCGGGUGUUGAUCCUGCUCCCGCGCAACCGCCGGCGGCUGUACCACGACAUCGGAGUGCACGACCGGAGAGUGCGCGGAGGGGGGUGCCGAGGCAUCAGAAGGUGUUUAUUACACUCCGAAAGCGACGACGAAGACAAUCUCGACAACUACAUUGGCCAAACCAUCCCCUCGGAUCCCUCCGCCACCUUCUCGGCACUUGCGAUCAACGACCGGGGUGAUUAUGCAGAGAGACCGGAUCACCCGGCCAUGCCGCCGCGGUUCGAUAGUCUGCUGGAUGGGUCGCAGGGGUUG